UGCCGAAGCGAGCACAGCACGGACUCAGUCCUCCAGCAAACUCCACCGAGGACUUGUUGAGCUUGUGUGCACCUAGCGAGGGGUAGCUAAUCCUGCCCGGCCGAGGUGUAAAGGCGUUCCAGGCAAGCUGAGCCAGGGCGCAAGAACUUUUCAGCGCCGAAGAUCAGUACAUCUCUAACGGCAUGAAGGCGUGUGCGGUGAUAACGUUAGUGCUUGUAGCAAACACGGCUUACAUCGGUGUCGAGGCAUGGGGUGGCCUUUUCAACCGCUUUAGUCCUGAAAUGCUGUCUAAUCUCGGUUAUGGCAGUCAUGGAGGUUACAUGAACCGCCCUGGAUUAUUGCAACAGUCAAUCCAAGAAGGAUAUGGUGGUAUAUAUGAAGGAGUUGAACCAACAGAAGAACCUUGCUACGAGAGAAAAUGCGUGUAUAAUGAUCACUGUUGCCCGGGUUCCAUUUGUGUAAAUCUCGAUGGAGUUGUUGGAACAUGUGUUUUCGAUUUUGGUAUGAAACAAGGCGAGCUUUGCAGACGGGAUAGUGAUUGCGAAACUGGUUUAAUGUGUGCCGAAAUGCCUGGACGGGAAACAAAAUCGUGUCAACCACCGACCACUUCAAACAAAUUAUACAAUGAGGAGUGCACUAUGUCAAGCGAGUGUGAUAUCAGCCGUGGACUGUGCUGCCAAUUACAAAGGCGACACCGGCAAACUCCUAGAAAGGUUUGCUCGUACUUCAAGGACCCUCUGGUCUGUAUCGGCCCAGUGGCGACGGAUCAGAUAAAAUCCGUAAUCCAAUACACUUCCGGCGAGAAACGGAUCACCGGACAGGGCAACCGCCUAUUCAAGCGGAUGCCAUUCGCCUAAACGCUCGCGCGUCAUCACAACGGAUGGGAAGUAUAUAAAAUAACAUACAGUAUAUAAGAUAAGCUACGAGAAAAUCAAAUCCUCCUUUAGUCGUUGUGAAGAUACAUACCUAGGUCUAAGUCUGUCGAUUCGACAUUACAUUCAAUCUCCUUCCAAGUCCUAACUCUACUCCAUGCCACGAUACACCGGAAAGUAUAAUGAUAGCGUGCGACAAAAGUGGAGUUAAAUAUUACUCGGGGAGAUGUUACUUCGAGGAUGUUUCUUCUUCGAAUAUAGCGCGACUGACAAACCUAUAACACAUAUCAUAGUAAGCCGUCUUAUAGGUCUCUAGGGAUAAGGGACACGCUAGCGUAGUUAUGAUAAGGAAAGUGCGCUGAUGUUAAGAGCGCCGUUCGACAAAGAUGUUUCUUAAUGAUAUAAAAUUAAGGUGUAGAAGAAAGCUCGAAAGAAGGUUUAUCUAUCGGUCUACCGGUUGAACUUUUCUUUCGAAUUGUAAAGAAAGUUUAGUGAAGCACUUAAUUGUUCGCGAUAAGUCAUGGUCAUAGAAAUAAUAAUAAAUGAAAUAAUAUAAUAAAUGAGAGGCGUGCACAAAGGGAGAAGUAAAGUCCUUGUUAUCGUCGCAGUGUCAACAUUGACUAUUUUAUUUUAUUAAUCAAUAAUAUUCUCGUUAUGCUAAUCUGUAGGAUAUUUCAAAUGAUAAAGUCUAUCUUUUGAAAAUUUUCGAAGCAAUAGAAUAACAAAUCAUGACCGCUGACACAACAAUGUGGUUGCAUUGCAAAUGAGAUUUCCCUCAAUGCGAGAAAUUUCAAUGUCGAUAUCGUGAACGAUAAUUAAAUUGUAAGAGACUGUGCUUUUCAACUGCAUUUUCAAACAUUUUCACUGCGUAUCAUAAAGUCAAAAUUGAUUUAAAACUUGUUAAUUUCAUAAUAAAAAAUAAUCUUACGCAAAAAGAAGAUGAUAUAUGAGAAGCAUUUCUAACACAAAAUUAAAAUAUAUAUUAAAAAUGACCCAAUCAAAAUCUAAAAGAGAAUAAAGUCAAAUAAUUCUAAAAGAGACAUUUUCUAAAUUUGAAGUGUCUUUUGGAUUUUUUUAGAAAACGCUUUGAACUUCUAUACUGUUUGUAAAAUGCAUAUUUCGCAAUUUUGAAUAACAAAAUGAAGAAAGUGCAGUUAAAAGAAACAGAAGUAUCGUCAACGAUUGUAAGUUGACUUAUAUCUUUAAUUGGAGUUCUUGAAUGAUUCCAAUGAGUCGGGAUACCAGCAGAACGAAAGGAGUCGUCUGCAAUGGCGGAUUUAAGGCUCAAAUAAAAUAAGAAAUAACAUUUCUAGCAAACCAGUAAUAUUUUCAAUAUUGCGAAAACGUUUUUCACUUUGUUGCUGAAAUAUGAAUGUUACAAGCAUAUAAACAAUCAUAAAUCAGCUCAACGAUUUGGGAAAACUCGGUAAUACACAGGUCCCUAAUAAGCUCCAAGAAACCGAUUAGCCAUAAGUCCGCCAUUGCACGUCCCGUUGAUUAUUCAAACGCACAGAUCGAAGUAUUUAUUUUUCUUUCUUAUUAUACGAACGGUCGUCCGGCAGACAUCGCAAGAAACGCGAGGUGUCAUUCAGACGGUUUUAAUGAUGGAGAAAUAUUUUCUACUGGGGGAAGAGAGCUGAAAGAGGCGCAAGUACCUUAUAAUUCAAUCAAUGUUUCGAGUUUACCCUUAGAAAUCGUACUUAGACGUUUAACUCGACUCUAUGUCAAAUUUAUCCCUACCCUUCUCCAAAAAAAAACUUUACGCACUGUCGGUGUGUAUAUCGUAAUCUAAGUCACAUUGUGUUGAAAAAUGACACAUUUUAGAAUGUAGGAGGAUUAUUACGCUAUAAACGAUACAUAUCAAAGAGGGAAACAUUUUUCUCUGUUACAUUAUAUUCAGAGAUAUAGCGUUAUCUAUAAAUAUACACAUAUACAAUGACGAAGGAAAAGAUGAGACACUUUUAACUCUUAGUGGCAAAUAUAAGUGUGCGUAUUGUUCGUUUAAAAAAAAAAGAUAAAAUUCCAAGCAAGUACUAAGAAGGGGAAGUUAUUAAAAAUCGCGGAAAUCGCUCUGUUAAACAUCAAUCGCAGAAAUCGCUCUCUGUCGAGUAAUAAUAUCGCGGAAAUCGCUCUAUUAACUGUAUUAAUGAAAUCAUAAUAUUAUAAAUAUACGAUAUAUAUUAUCUGUGGCUAUUGUUAUGUGAAACAUUACUCUGUGGAAAAAUUCAUUAUAAUAUUAAUCGUUACUGUCGUCAGAGAAAGUAUAAUGUUAAAUAAUAAUCGUUUCAGAAAUGAUUGCACGAUGUGAUUUUAAGCGUAAUCGUGGGAGGUGCAAUGUUAAGAGUUUUUUUAAAUCACAUGUACAACACAACAAUAACAAUAACAAUAACAACAACAAUAACAACAACAGCAAACAGAGAAUGACAAAAAUGCUCUAAUCUCAAUAUCCGUAGAAUAAUCUGUCCUUUGUCUUGAAAAAAAAAAAACUCUUAGCGAACCGUUGCUUUCCAUGCCACCGGUGCUAUAAUCGCCAAGAGAGUCCCCUGAAGACAUAUUAUCAAUCUUCUAUUGUCUCUCGAUAUUUCCCGAAACGUUAAUCUACCUGUGUAAGAAAAAA